CGAAAUUUAAAAAAUAUCGUUUGAAAAGUCGUUGCCGGACGUUAACGAUAUUUUCUUACAAAAUACAAGUAAUAAAUUUAUUUAUAUGCUGAUAACUGCUAGAAAUACAAAAGAAAUGUGUUAACAAGUUCAUAUUAUUAUUAAUAUAUAUUCGAAAAGUGCGGAAACGCUUGUGCGCAAAGCGUUAAUCUUUUCAUCACGUUUCAUCAUCACUCCCAAAAUUCCGCCUCACAAAAUGGAUGAUUUCUUAAAAAUUGAGAAGAUUGGUGAAGGUACUUACGGUGUAGUGUAUAAGGGAAGAAAUAAAAUAACCGGACAAUAUGUGGCAAUGAAGAAAAUAAGAUUGGAGUCUGAAGAUGAGGGCAUUCCUUCCACAGCUAUUCGGGAGAUUUCAUUGCUAAAAGAGCUGAACCACCCCAAUAUAGUGAAGUUGGAAGAUGUACUCAUGGAAGAAUCCCGCCUGUACCUCAUUUUUGAGUUCCUGUCAAUGGAUCUCAAGAAAUACAUGGAUUCCCUGGGAUCAGGCAAAUUCAUGGACCCGGGAGUGGUGAAGAGCUAUCUGUAUCAGAUCAACAACGCGAUCCUGUACUGCCACCAGCGACGCAUCCUGCACCGAGACCUCAAGCCACAGAACCUGCUCAUUGACAAGACUGGUAUUAUUAAGGUAGCAGACUUCGGUCUGGGCCGCGCGUUCGGGGUCCCAGUGCGCGUGUACACGCACGAGGUGGUGACGCUGUGGUACCGCGCGCCCGAGGUGCUGCUCGGCAGUCAGAGAUAUUCGUGCCCCAUCGACAUGUGGUCCGUGGGCUGCAUAUUCUCGGAGAUGUCCUCAAGGAAGCCUCUGUUCCAGGGAGACUCCGAAAUUGACCAGCUAUUCCGCAUCUUCAGGAUGCUGCGGACGCCCACCGAGGACAUCUGGCCGGGCGUGUCCUCCCUGCCCGACUACAAGCCCACCUUCCCCAACUGGAACACCUACAACCUGCACAACCACGUCCAAAACCUGGACGAGACCGGCAUGAACCUCCUCCAGAAGAUGCUGGUCUACGACCCGGUGCAGCGAAUCAGCGCCAAAGACACGCGGCGCCACCGCUACUUCCGCGACGUGAAGUUGCCGCCGGGCCUCACGGCGCAGGCCGCGUACAUCCGCUACAGCGCUGAAGACGACGGCCGAAGCGUCAACUAGAUGGCGCUAGUUGUGGCGGGUUUGUUGGGGUUUCAAGCUCUUUUUAGGCUUAGUUUCACCAUAGUCUGUUAGAUCAUCAAUACCCU